GGUACUCGCGGACUCUUCUAUUGACCGCAGACCUCCUCAAAGCAUCCAUAGCCGGCGUUCAGUCCGUACAAGGCACCCAUUAUUGAUGGCUCUUCGUUGUGUGCUUGAGAAAGUGGGUAGAUUUGGUUUUAAGAAUCAUCUGAAUUUGACGAAGAGAUGUUUUUUGAGUGGUAUUUCAAUCAAAAACCACCCCCAAAAUCUGAUAAGGUCUUUCUGUCGUUAUUCCUCUUCCUCUUCGAGCGCUCGUCUUGCUGAAAUCAUUGAUUCCAUGCCUAAGAAACUCAAAGACUGGUUCCAUUUAGAAAAUCCUGUUGCCAGGAAGGCGUUUGAGUCGGAUUGCGCCGGUGGAACUUUGCCCUUCUUUGGACAUAUGGAUGAUCCUUUUCUUUUAGAAGCCGCCCGUGCUGCUGUCGAGCAACACAACAAGCAACAGAAUUCAAAUCUUGAGUUUGUGAGAGUGGUCGGGGCAAGCACAAGGGUCGUGUCUGGUUUGAUCUGGGAUAUUACAUUUGAGGCAACUGAUGCUGGUGUGAAGAAUACUUAUCAAGCUGAGGUUUGGAAAACUAUUAGUGAUGGAUGGAAAUUGCUGUUGUUUAAGCUAAGGGCUCCUCAGCGCCCUUCAAAUCAUCCAGCUGUUAUGCCAGGUGAUCUGGAAGAACUAGGUGAAAAGUAGCUGUUUCUACAUGGGGGUUGAAGUGAUAAUAUGUUCUAUUAAUGGAAUGCGCAUCUUUUUCUGAAUUAAGAUAUUUUCACUCUAUUAUAUUAGAAGUAUCUAAUCUAUAUGUUUCUUUACUAUUCAACUUAAAUAGGGCUAUGUAACUCUUCUCUAGUACAAUGAUUAUAUGUAAAUUGUGGUUUUGCAUAUUUAUUUUCUUAAGCUAUGCAUAUUUUUCUACAA